AUGCAUGAGAACAUGAAAAAGUCACAACUAAGCUCCUGUGUCUUCCUCUUGGUUCUAACUCUCUCCUUUUCUGUUUCUUGGGAAACCUUUCAUUCCCUUGUUGAUGUAAAACCAGGUUCUGAAGAUCUCAUGAUAAGUUGCAUACAAUUCAAUUCCAACAAUGUCACUUCCAUCUCUCAACUCAUUUUCACUCCUGUCAAUACUUCUUUCUUACCCAUUUGGCAAGUCGCAGUACAAAACACAAGGUUCAUUAAACCCUCAACUCCUAAACCAUCAGUCAUCGUGACACCAGUGGAAGAAACCCUUAUCCAAACAGCUCUAUAUUGCACCAAGAAACAUGGCUACGAGAUCAGAAUCAGAAGCGGGGGCCACGACUUCGAGGGCCUCUCGUACACUGCUGAUGUUCCCUGUUAG